ACCAUCGACCGGCCGGCCGGCGAGCGAGCGAGCGAGAACCGCCCGCCAGCCGCCGCGGCUCAGUCGCUCGCCACGCGCGGUGUUGGUGGUGUGGGAGGGGUGCGGUCGCUGUGCUGUUGCACUAAUUCGCGGCGCGUGCUGUCCACUGCUGGUGACUGGUCUAACUGAGAGUCACAUCGACAGACUCCGGAGACCGUUCUACUGGGGCGCCAGGUGUGAGAUGGCGGGUCGCCGCCGCCGCCGACCCUCGGGCCCGUUACGGUAACCUCGGCCUGCGGCCGGUGUCCGCCGGCCUCCCGCUGCGCCGCCAUGCAGGCCAAAAAGAGAUACCUGCUGGCCGUCACAUGCGUCGCCUUCUUGGGCAUAUGCUACUUCGGCGCGUUCGCCCCAUGGCGGAGCGCCGGUGCGCCCCUAGACCGGUCGGCUCUGGCGUCUUUCAGGGAGGGCUGGGGGCGGCGCGCGGCGCGCCAGACGGCCGAUGUGGGACCGAGUGUGCGCCGGCUGCAGCGUGCCGCCGAGACGACGGCGCGCCGCUGUCGGAUGGCCACCUGUUUCGACGUGUCGCGCUGCGCGGGCCGGCCGUUCCGCGUGUAUGUGUACCCGGAGGACCCUGGCGCGCCGCCGGGCCGCACCUACCGGCGCCUGCUGGACGCCGUGCGUGAGUCGCGACUGGCCACCACCGACCCGGCCGAGGCGUGUCUGUUCGUGCUGGCGCUGGACACGCUGGACCGUGACCAACUGAGUGGCGACUUUGUGCACCAGCUGGAGCAGAAGGUGCGCGCCCUGCCGCUCUGGAACAACGGACGCAACCACGUGGUGUUCAACCUAUUCAGCGGCAGCUGGCCCGACUACAGCGAGGAUCUCAUGUUCGAUGUGGGCGAGGCGAUUCUGGCCAAGGCCAGUAUGUCGGAGGAGAACUUUCGCCAGGGGUUCGACGUGUCGCUGCCGCUGUUCCCCAAACAGCACCCGGAGCGCGGCGGAGAGCACGGACUGGUCAGCGCCUACAACUUCCCGGCCGUCAAAAAGUACCUCCUCGCCUUCAAGGGAAAGCGGUACGUGUACGGCAUCGGCUCUCAGACGCGCAACUCGCUCUACCACCUCCACAACGGCAACGACGUCAUCAUGGCCACCACGUGCAAACACGGCAAGAACUGGCGCGAGCUGCAGGACGAGCGGUGCGACGAGGACAACGCCGAGUUCGACAGAUACGAUUACGACACGCUGCUGCAGAACUCGACGUUCUGUCUGGUGCCUCGCGGCCGGCGCGUCGGUUCGUUCCGUUUUCUGGAGGUGCUCCAGGCGGGAUGCGUGCCCGUCCUGCUGGCCAACGGCUGGAGGCUGCCGUUUGACGACGUGAUCGACUGGCGGCGGGCGGCGGUGUGGGCCGACGAGCGGCUUCUGCUGCAGGUGACCGAGACGGUGCGAUCGCUGGACUCUGCGCAGCUGCUGCAGAUGCGACAGAACACGCAGCACCUCUGGAACUCCUACUUCAGCUCCAUCGAGCGCAUCGUGCUCACAACGCUCAGGAUAAUCGAGUCUCGUGUUCACACGCACCUGUCCUCGCCGGGCACGGUGUGGAUGACCUCGCCGGGCGCGCUGCUGCACCUGCCGCGGCCGGCCGGCUCCCUCAGCGAGACGCCGCUCUACCGGCCGACGGUGGACGUGGCGCCCCGCGACAACUUCACCGCCGUCAUACUCUGCCAGCAGGGCGUGCUGCCGCCCCUCUACCGGCUGCUCAAACAGGUGGGCGGCAGCUCGUUCGUCUCGGCCGUGGUGCUGGUGUGGAUCGCCGACAGUGAGCCGCCGUCCGUCUCGCGGCUGCCGCGCCUCCCGGUCCGGGUGCGGGUCACCGCCCCGGCCCGGCGCGCCAUCUCGGAACGGUUCGUAGCCGAGGAGCUGGUGCACACAGACGCCGUGCUGUCUCUGGAUGAGGACGUCACCCUGAUCGCAGAUGAGCUCGACUUUGUGUACCAGGUGUGGCGCUCGUUUCCGGAGAGGAUCGUGGGAUUUCCAGCCCGGUCACACUACUGGGACGACGCCAAGGGCACCUGGGGCUACACGUCCAAGUGGCUGAAUGACUACUCGAUAGUGCUGACGUCGGCGGCCAUGUACCACCGCUACUACCACCGGCUGUACAGGGAGUGGGCCUCGGAUGUGCUGCACAAGACCGUCGACCAGGCGCAGAACUGCGAGGACAUUCUGAUGAACUUUAUCGUGAGCCACGCCACCCGACGGCCGCCGAUCAAGGUGACGCAGAGGAAGACCUAUAAGGAGACGGCCGGCGGCCUGAUGAGGCCGCCGUGGAGUGACCAGGAGCACUUUAUGCAGCGCCACUCGUGUCUCAACACCUUCGCCGCCGUGUUUGGCUACAUGCCGCUGCUGCGAUCGUCGGCCCGACUCGACCCGGUCCUCUACAGAGACUCGGUGGCCGUCUGGAGGAAGCGCUACAGCCGGCUGGAACUGGUCAACAACCCCUGACAGAGGCUACAGCCGGCUGGAGUGGGUCAAUAGCCCCUGACUGAGGCUACAGUCGGCUGGAGCUGGUCAAUAGCCCCUGACAGAGGCUACAGUCGGCUGGAGUGGGUCAACAAUCCUGGCAAAGGCUACACCUGCGCCCUGGCAUAGGUUAUGGCCUACACACUUGGUCAAAGGCCUCUGAUAUAGGCUACAGUCGACUAGAACUCGUCAAGGGCCUCGGCCUCGGCGUCGGUAACUCAGCGCCCUGGCAGAGGCUAGGUCACUGACGUGAUGGGACUAUGUCGGUGCCCUGGUAGAGGGCGGGUCACUGUGAUUGUGGAAGGACGGUACUCGUGCGGUCACCACCUAGGUUGAGGCUAGGUCACUACUGUUACUCGGGAGCUAAAUGGGCGGCCCCCUGGCGACCUGGGCCUGGGGCCGGGUCGCCAACCUCAGGUAGCAUCUGGAAGGGAAGGAUGGGUCCAGAUGCCACUCAAGAUGGGAGUAGGGGGAAUGAAUGAUAGGUGGUCGAGUGUAUACUGCAUAAGGCAUCGAGUGAUUGUGGUGCAAACCAGAGUAUGAUGCAUAUUUAUUUUGAGAAAUUUAUGAGUGAUUCCGAUGCAAAGCGUCGGUGCUCCGAUCUAUUUCCUGUGACAUGAAUUCGCGUUUUUGGAAAUUGCUGGAAAUUUGUAGUAUUUUUCGGUGUCACUGGCCAUGCUUGCGAUUUGACCCUCGGCUCAAAGCUGAGGUACCUAAAUCCCGAAGCGUUUGUUACAAACGGUGAAUCGCGUAGCGUCUUUUAUCUGAAGCUUGGGUUAGCGUACGGAAAUUCUGGUGACUUUUGACACGGAAAUGUGCGAUAUUCCUAUGUUUUAGGGCCUUGGAUAUUCCUGGCAGUCCAAUCCCAGAGUGGCCAGAUUAUUCGGUGCUGCGCCCGUCAGUGACGGCCGGCCGGACUGUUAUCAGACGCCGCCGGGCGCGAAAUCCGCCACCUCUAGGGAGCCGUUCGGUGUAAUGGAGUCACCCCUCGUCGGGCCGUGUUUUUACUCUGUUUACUGCUCUGUGCGCCGGGCAGAGGGAUCUUAUAUUGUUCUGAUUUUAUGGGGCUACUGAUUGUGUUGAUGAUGGGGAGGGGUACACUGUGCUGCGCAUGGUAUUUUGAUUUGUUUGGUGCCGUUUUUGGCACCGUUAGACACCCACGGUAUUGAGUCUGGGGGCGAUGGUCGGUGUGUAUCGCGCUGCGUGCCAUAUCGGAGACGGUGGCCGUGUUGCCAUAUCAGGCUGACCGUACCGGCGGCGGCGGCGGCGGCGGGGAGGGUGUCUGUGAACUGAGGCCACGGGCAGCGCGCGGCGGGACCUCACUGUGAGAUACCCUGGCGGAGAUUCGGGCCACUGUUGUAUGGAUGUGCUCAAUGUUAUAUCAAUGGGUGCCUGGCCCACCACCCCGAGCUUCAGAGCGCGUUGUCACCAUCGUUUCUCGCUGUCGUGAUGCCAGUCGCCGAGACUGUCCCUUCCCCGCUGCGUCUUCCCCUACGGGCGCUCGUCUGGUUGUUGAUUCCUCGCGGGUCCCGAUCGUCUGAGAAUCCAGCUCCGACUGCAUCUGUCCUGCGAGUCCUGGGAGUGAUUUAUUUCGCCGGGCUCGUGAUGGUCUUGUGUUCACCUGUUCUCCGCUGGGUCCGUGCUCGCUCGGCACCGAUGGAGUGGCGAAUGUGGAAUCUGGAUGGUGCGUGCGCACAUGGGUAUGAUUGUGUGCACUCCAGGGAACAUCUAGGACUGUCAGGGUAUCGAGAUUGUGUUCAAUGUGGGUGACAGGCGCUAACGUGUUUGGCGGCCCUUGAAACCUGCGUGUGAACUGGUGAAUACUCGUAUAUGUGGACGAGCGUGCGUGCGUGCGUGCGAGCGUGUGCUGUUCAGCGCGUCGAGCUCCCCGCCGCCCGCCGCCCGGCGUACGAGUCCAGCCAGAGGGACUGCAGGGCAGGGUCGGGCAGCUCCCGGCAGGUCACAGGGUGGGGUUUUACACAGGGGACGGCGCGCGGCUCGUGCGGUGCGUGUGUCCCGGGUCCGUGUGGUGUGAACGGACACUGGCGAACGGUGUCACAAUGUACAUCACCCGAGGAUGACCAAUCAUUCCUGCUGGACUAAUAAAUUAGCGUCUUUACU